AUGGCAGCAACACAACCAAACAUUAUCUUUAUUAUGGCGGAUGAUCAUGCAGCAAAGGCUAUCAGCUGUUACGGGGCCGGAAUAAACGAAACACCAAAUCUUGAUCGAAUCGCCAAUGAAGGCAUGAGGUUUGACCAUUGUUACGUUACGAAUUCUAUCUGUGCACCAAGUCGGGCGGCCAUCAUCACCGGAACUCACAAUCAUGUCAAUGGGGUGUUAACCCUUAACUACAAGAUCAACAAUGUUCUCCCAAUGGUGCAAAAACAUCUGAAGCACGCUGGCUAUCAAACCGCAAUGAUUGGCAAAUGGCAUCUGGGUGAAGGACCCGCACAUGAACCUCGCGGGUUUGACUUCUGGGAUGUCCUCCCUGGCCAAGGCCUCUACUUCGACCCGAUCUUCAUAGGACCUAAUGGCCGACACAUGGAGAGAGGAUACGUCACCGAUAUCAUCACGGAUAAGACACUCGAUUUCAUUCGUAACCGAGAUACAACAAAGCCAUUCUUUGUCAUGUGCCACCACAAAGCCCCUCAUCGAUCUUGGGAGAAUCAUCCUAAACAUAACUCGCUCUACCAGGAGGACAUCAAGGUGCCAGAGAGUUUCAACGACGAUUAUAAGAAUCGAGCCAAAGCUGCAGCUGCGGCAAAGAUGCGAGUCACCGAAGAUUUGAGGUAUAAUGACCUCGGGCUUUGUCAACCCGAAGGCGGAUCAGAAGUCGGCGAGUUGGAUGAGCCAAACUUUCCGCAAAGGCCGGAUCGCAAGAUUCCAUUCCCCGAAGAUGUGUCGUCAAUGGUCUUGAUUGACAAACUGACGGGCGAGAAUUUUCGAUUCAAAAAUCAGGAUGAAUUGCGCCACUUCAAGUAUCAGCGAUACAUGAAGCGAUAUUGUCGCACCGUUCACUCUGUGGACGAGAAUGUCGGUCGAAUCCUAGAUUACGUUGAUAGUCUUGGUAAGGAGGUGGCAGAUAAUACGAUGAUUAUCUAUACAUCCGAUCAGGGUUUCUUCCUCGGAGAUCACGGAUGGUUUGAUAAGCGCUUUAUCUACGAAGAGUCGUUCCAGAUGCCGCUGCUGAUCAAAUAUCCCAAGGAAGUCAAGCCUGGCUCUAUUUGCAACGACAUCGUGUCAAAUAUCGAUUUCGCGCCUCUUUGGUUGGACUUGGCAAAUUAUCCAAUACCUUCAUACAUGCAAGGCUUCUCGUUUAGGAAGCUCCUCCAGGGAGAAACACCAGAGAACUGGCAAAAGGUAGCAUACCAUCGGUAUUGGAUGCACAACGACUCGCCACAUGAAUGCCGGGCUCAUUAUGGUGUCCGAAAUCAGCGCUACAAGGUCAUAUACUGGUAUAACAAGGACUUCAAGUUGGCGGGCACAAGGCCUGGUGGAGAGCCACCCGAGUGGGAGCUGUUUGACUGUGAGAAAGAUCCACUAGAGCUUCUCAACCAGUAUCACAAUCCUGAAUUUGCAGAUGUUGUGAAAGAGAUGACUAGGCUACUGGAAGAAAAGAUGGGAGAGAUUGGAGAUGCACCAGUGCCAGGAACCUCUGGUGGUGACAAUGUUCGACUCUGGGUGUACUCUCCAACUGCACCGUCACGCCCUACGUUCGUGGAAGUCAAAUCUCAGGAGUUCAAACCCACGGAAGUAGGCGCUUCUUUCGGACCAAGUUGCGAGGCUAUGGUUUGGACGGAAGAUGGCGAGCCUGUGCAAGGCCUAACAGGGGGGAGUGAACGUGGAGGUGAGAGACAGGAAUGGGUCUUCCCUCAACAGUGGAAGGAUGGGAAAAGACAUACCUUUUUCAUCGAAAUGGCAUGCAACACCAUGUUUGUAAAUGCUGAAAUGCACGACAUUAUCCAGCCUCCUCCCACGGAUAAGUACUUCAAACUUGAAAAGGCAGAUAUUGUGGCCGUCAAUGUUGAUGCACGGCAGCUACUAUUUGACUUUUACGUCAUAAGGGAUGCGGCACUGUAUCUACCUCAAGACUCGUGGCAAUCGCAUCGUGCUCAGCAGGCAUGCGAUGAAAUCCUAGACACUUUCUGCUGGCGACGAAUUGACACAGAAGAGGUUUUCAAGACAGAUCAGACAGCAAUAGUCUCGGCUAUUGGCCACUGCCAUAUCGACACAUGUUGGCUUUGGCCUUGGGAUGAAACAAAGAGAAAAGUCGCUCGUUCCUGGGUUAGUCAAUGCAACCUUAUGGACCUAUAUCCUGAGUACCGGUUCUGCUGCUCCCAAGCACAGCAGUACAAAUGGCUGGAGACUUUGUAUCCAACAAUCUAUGAGCGGGUCAAGGAAAAGAUCGCCAAGGGAACCUUCCAGCCCAUUGGUGGAAGUUGGGUUGAGCACGAUACAAACCUCCCCAGUGGUGAAUCUCUGGUCCGUCAAUUUCUAUACGGACAGCGAUACUUUCAGAAUCGAUUUGAUUUGUCGCUUAGCGGGAAUGACGAGGUUACGCAGAAGCUAAGUUGGAACAACAUCAAUAACUUUCCACAUACGACCUUCAACUGGGUGGCAUUGGAUGGUCGGAGCAAAGUGCUUUGUCAUAUGACACCUGCAGAGAAAUACAAUGCGGAGGCGACAUUGCAAGACCUCGUACGCUGCGAAACGAGACACAAGUCACUGGAUCAGGAUAACACCUCGCUAUUAGUCUAUGGAAAGGGUGACGGAGGAGGCGGUCCAACAAUCGCGCAUUUGGAAAGCUUGAGACGAUGCCGUGGCAUGAGCGAUCAAGUAGGUCGCCUGCCUCGCGUUCAACAGGGUAAUUCUGUGGACGACUUCUUCUCUCAGUUAGAGCAUAGAGAAAAGGAUACCAAUAAUCCUUUUGCUACUUGGUUCGGUGAACUGUACUUCGAAUAUCAUCGAGGCACUUAUACUACCCAAGCUAAGACUAAGUUGAACAACCGACGGGCCGAGAUCUUCCUACAUGAUCUGGAGUAUUUGGCCACGCUUGCCAGUAUACAAAAGGAUUCAACUUACAGGUACCCAAAGAAGGAGAUUGACGAGAUGUGGGAGAAGGUUCUGCUUUGUCAAUUUCAUGACUGCCUUCCAGGGAGCUCGAUUGAGAUGUGCUACGAUGAUACGGAUAAACUCUACGACGAAGUAUUCUCCGUAGGAAAUACAGCACUUACGAAUGUUGCGACUGCGCUUGAGCUAAACUUGCAACCAACAGAUUCUGCCAACCUUGUGGUAGUAAACACGCUCGAUUGGGACAGGGUUGGUCUAGUACCAUUGCCAGCCAUAGCUCAUUCCGAGGAUAACCAGAAGUAUGGUUUCUACCUAUCGACCAUAUCCGAAAUCAGCAAGGGUGUCUGGAUCUUGUCAAACAGCCAGUACCGUGUCACGGUGACUCAGGGCACCAUCAUCUCGCUCUAUGACCUCCGACGAGACCGUGAAAUAAUCCCUGAGGGUGGAAGAGCCAAUCAGCUCGUUGUGUUUGGUGAUAUGACCCUUUAUCAUCAGGCCUGGGAUGUGGAAACAUAUCAUCUCUCCCACGGCCGCGAACUGGAAGGAGGGGUCUCCUCGAUCAAGACUACUAUAUCGCUCAAUGCUGUCAUUGAUCCCCAAGAGGAAAGUCAUAUUGAAUGCUCUGCAGACGAGGACUGGCACGAGAACAUGAAGUUCCUCAAGGUCCAGUUCCCAGUGGAUAUUUACAACACAAAGGCAUCAUAUGAGACUCAGUUCGGUAUUGUGGAACGGCCAACACAUUACAACACCUCCUGGGAUAUGGCCAAGCUCGAGGUGUGCUGUCACAAAUGGGCCGACUUAUCGGAAGCAGGAUACGGUGUGAGCAUUCUUAACGACUCCAAAUAUGGCUUCGCUACGAGCGGAAACAUGAUGCGAUUGAGCCUGCUCCGUUCACCAAAGGCUCCCGAUGCCAACGCUGAUAUAGGUCGUCAUCAUAUUAAAUGGGGCAUUUUCCCUCACGAAGGACCUGUAGGUUGGCAAACAGUGAAGAAGGGCUUUGAGUUCAACAUUCAAGUCCGUAUUGCCUCGUGCCCUAAUGGGAUCCGCUCGCCGGAGUUGUCAGCGAGCCCCGUCAAAUUGAGAGACGGUCUAGGACUAGUGCUGGACACCAUCAAGAGAGCAGAAGAUGAUACGGAUGUGAGUUGCGGCAAUUUGCCUACAAGGGAUGGCAAAAGCAUCGUAUGCCGAGUAUAUGAUGCCAUUGGUGGGAAGAACAGGGCUUUCUUAGAGACCGGGCACGCUAAGAUUCAGAAGGCGUGGAAAUGCAAUCUCUUGGAAGAUGACCUAGAGGAGCUGCCCAUUGUGAAUGGUGGUGUAGAGAUAGAGCUGCAAAGAUUCGAACUGGCUACCUAUAGACUACUUUUAGAGUAG